GGCCCAGCUGGCUCUCCCGGCCCCGAGGGGCGUCAGGGUGAGAAGGGUGCGAAGGGAGAACCGGGCGCAGUGGGUGCUCCUGGCAAGACGGGUCCCGUGGGUCCCCAGGGCCUCGCUGGGAAGCAGGGCCCCGAUGGUCUCAGAGGUCUGCCCGGCUCGGUGGGAGAACAAGGCAAACCGGGCAGCACAGGCCAGGCUGGGCCGCCAGGACCAGCGUGCCUGCCUGUGUACCUCCAGGGUCCCCCGGGUCUCCCCGGCCUCAAAGGUGACACCGGUGCCAAAGGAGAGAAGGGUCACCCUGGUCUCAUCGGCCUGAUCGGACCCCCAGGGGAGCAGGGGGAGAAGGGAGACCGAGGUCUCCCCGGCCCUCAGGGCUCCACGGGGCAGAAAGGAGAAACCGGGAUCCCUGGUGCUACUGGACCCAUCGGUCCCGCUGGCCCCCCUGGACUUCCCGGUCCAGCUGGUCCCAAAGGUGCCAAGGGAGCCAUGGGCCAAGCAGGACCCAAAGGUGAACGUGGACCCCCGGGACCCCCUGGACACCCGGGCCCCCCCGGGGAGGUGAUCCAGCCCCUGCCAAUCCAGCUGCCCAAGAAGAGCAAGCGCUCCAUCGAUGCCAGCAAGUUGGUGGAUGAGGAGGAGGGUGAGGACGGAGAGAGAGCGGCCGCCGACCAGGCGUCUCGUGACUACGCUGACGGCAUGGAGGAGAUCUUCGGCUCCCUCAACUCCCUCAAGCAGGAGAUCGAGGGGCUGCGGCGCCCCAUGGGCACCCGGGACAACCCUGCCCGCACCUGCCAGGACCUGCAGCUCAGCCACCCGGGCCUGCCUGAUGGCGAGUACUGGAUUGACCCCAACCAGGGCUGCGCCCGAGAUUCUUUCAAGGUUUACUGCAACUUCACAGCAGGCGGGGAGACCUGUGUCUUUCCCAGCAAGGACAUACAGGAGGUGAAGAUGUCAGCGUGGGAGAAGGAGGUGCCCCAGCAGUGGUUCAGUCAGUUCCAGGAGGGCAGCAGGUUCUCCUACACGGACUCGGAGAGCCAGCCCCUCGGCGUGGUGCAGCUGACCUUCCUACGGCUCCUCAGCAUCUCUGCCCGCCAGAACUUCACCUACCACUGUCACCGCUCGGUGGCCUGGCACAGCACCACCUCUGGGGACCACCAGCGUGCCCUCCGCUUCCUGGCUGCCAACGAGGAGGAGCUCAGCUACGACACCAGCCCCUACAUCAAAGCUGUGAUGGACGGCUGUGCGGUACGAAAGAGCUCCAGCCGGACGGUGGUAGAGGUGAGCACGCCACGCCUGGAGCAGCUCCCGCUGCUGGAC